CCCGCCGCUCUCCGCCCGCCGCCACCGGCGCCCGGCCCGCCGCCCGCGCUUCAUGGCUGCGCAAGAAUGGGACUGGUUCCAGCGCGAGGAGCUCAUCGGGCAGAUCAGCGACAUCCGCGUGCAGAACCUGCAAGUUGAGAGGGAAAAUGUGCAGAAGAGGACUUUUACUCGAUGGAUAAAUCUACACCUUGAAAAGUGUGACCCACCUCUAGAAGUGACAGACCUGUUUGUUGACAUACAAGAUGGCAAAAUCCUAAUGGCUUUGUUAGAAGUCUUGUCUGGGCGAAAUCUGCUGCAUGAGUACAAGUCCUCCUCACAUCGGAUUUUUCGCUUGAACAACAUAGCGAAAGCACUUACCUUUCUGGAGGAAAGCAAUGUCAAGCUGGUGAGCAUCGAUGCAGCAGAAAUAGCGGACGGCAACCCCUCCCUGGUUCUCGGGCUGAUAUGGAACAUCAUCCUCUUCUUCCAGAUUAAGGAGCUCACGGGCAACCUCAGCAGGAGCUCCCCGUCUUCCAGCCUGUCGCCAGGCUCGGGAGGCACAGACUCGGACUCCUCCUACCCACCUACCCCGACGGCGGAAAGGAACGCGGCCAUAGCAGUGAAGGACCAGAGGAAAGCCAUCAGGACGCUGCUGGCGUGGGUGCAGAGGAAGACGAGGAAAUAUGGCGUGGCAGUGCAGGACUUUGCAGGCAGCUGGAGGAGUGGGCUGGCUUUCCUGGCGGUGGUCAAGGCCAUCGACCCCAGCCUGGUGGACAUGAAGCAGGCCCUGGAGGAGUCUCCGCGGGAAAACCUGGAAAGGGCCUUCCAAGUUGCGCAUGAUGCCCUGCACAUCCCCAGGCUCCUGGAGCCGGAAGACAUUAUGGUUGACGUGCCAGACGAGCAGUCCGUCGUGACCUACGUGGCGCAGUUCCUAGAACGUUUCCCCGAGCUGGAAGCCGAAGAUUUCGUGGAUCCAGAUAAAGAAGUUCCCAUCGAGUCCACCUUCGUCCGCAUCCGAGAAACUCCUUCUGAGCAGGAGAGCAAGGUCUUCCUCCUCACACAGAAUGGGGAGCGAACCUACACCGUGAACCAUGAAGCCAGCCACCCACCCCCUGCCAAAGUCUUUGUCUGUGACCGUCCCGAGGGCUCUCAGGGCCCAUGCCCAGACAGCAUGCCCAGCAGCACGCUGUCAGACAGCUCCGCCGAGUUUGUGCACCAGAUCAUCGACCAAGUCCUCCAGGGGGGCCCAGGGACGACCAGCAGCACCAGUGAGCCUGCUUCUGAAUUCUUCAUGCUGACCACCAGGAGGGACAGCCGUAGGCCCAGCUUGCCGCCCACCAAGAAAACCGUCCACUUUGAGGAUGUCACUGACAAGGACACCUCCGGUCGCCAGGAGCCUUUCCACAGCCCAGCCUUUCACUUUGAAGGGAGCCCCAGGCCCGCACGGGAGCUGCUGAGGCAGGGCGGGCGCGCUUCAGUGGAGGACGAUGCAGAAGAAGGGGAGCCGGAAGAAGCAGCCUCGCCGAUCCCGGAGCCAGCCUCCAGUGAGGUUCCUGGAGCCCGUGGUGCAGCGAGUCACGCGCAGCCACCUGAGGAUUCUUCUUCCUUCAGUGGAGCCUUAGAGGGACCAGGGGGCUGUGGGGCAGAACGUCCUUCUGUCCUGCCCCUUGGGAUCAGUACUGUCCUAGCCAGCACCACAGAGGUCAAGGUCAAGCUUCAGACUGCAGAGCCUCUGGGGACAAAAGGCUGUCCAGAAGGUGCUCCAUCAAGAGCCGUGACAGUCACCGGUGACAUGGUAGACUUUGCUUCUACCAGCCAGGGUUUAAGUGAGCUUCCUCCUCCUGGCAAGAAGACAGCAGGUGCAGAGAAGGCAGCUGCGGCCUCUGAGAACUGUGCCCAGGAGUCCCAAGUAGGGUGUGACAGGCACGGGCCCCCUGCAGGUGCUACACAAGAGCCUCCAAGCUACUCUUCAUCCCCAAAAGAGAUACCUAGGGACAGAAAGCCAGAGACACCUGUACAUGAAAAGGCCAAGAGAAAGUCUCCCCGGCGUCACAGUGAGGAGGAAGAGGAAGCCGACAGCCCCCUGGGGCUCGGUGAAGAGUCGGAAGAAUUGUCCUCCAGCUCCCUGAGGGCCAGCAUCAGCUUGGAGACCCUGACCAGUCACAGCCAGGAAGGCCUCGACUUUAAGCCUUCCCCACCCCUCUCCAAGAUCUCUGUCAUUCCCCACGACCUCUUCUAUUUCCCGCACUACGAGGUGCCCCUUUCUGCAGUUUUAGAGGCUUAUGCAGAAGGCACGGAGGAUGGGAGAGACAGGGACUACCUGCCUGACCUGGAUCCCGGAGAGCAGGACACCGAGGGCUCCUGGAGCAGCUGUAGCAUCUCAGCCCCUGGCAAGGGGCUCUCCAGCGCCAGCAGCCAGGUGCUGCCUCCCUCUGGGCACACCACAGAGGCCACCCUAGCCUCGGGAGCCGCUCCCCCAGGCCUGUACGAGGACCCGCAGCCAAGGGAGUCUCGAGACAGCGAGGCUAUGGAGAGCCACCAGCCCCAAGAAUUCCCAGACCCUGAAAGCAUAGCAAACUCAUUAGAAGAAAAGGUAAUGGAAGAAUCAACCAGCAGUAAAAAAAAGGAGAAAAGGAAACACGUGGACCAUGUAGAAAGCUCCUUAUACAGAGCACCUGUGAUGGUUCAGUCCUCAGAUGAGCUGGAAGAUGACUUUGGCGACUACAGGGUCCCUUCCAGGACUAGUCACAGCGACUCCAGCAUUUACAUUCGACGUCAUGCUAAUAGAUCUUUGGAGUCGGACCAUAUUAGCUUUGUUCAGUUGAGGAACGCAGCCGAUCUGGAUGACAGAAGAAACCGAAUGUUAACCAGGUACAAUACGCAGAAGCUCAUUGAGCUGAUUUUACAGUUUUAUGGCAUCCGAGCAGACAUGAAGAGGGAAUGCAAACAUGCCGGGAUGUCUAUGAAACCCAGCAGCUCUGGAGAAGCUGAGUCCCUGGGCCCCCAGAGCCCACAGAGCGACUCCCUGACGCAGCUGGUCCAGCAGCCGGACAUGAUGUAUUUUCUCCUUUUCCUCUGGCUCCUGGUCUACUGUCUGCUGCUCUUCCCGCAGCUGGACAUCACCAGGCUCUGAGGCGUGUGUCUGCGGAAUAAAAAAGACAGGACCCCGGCCAGCAGAGGGGUCUCUUCAUUUCA